CAUAGGUAGAUGGAGAUGGAAUCGGCAGUGGUGGAAUCUGUGCUCUGCUGUUUUACCUCGCCAAAGCUCAGCAGAUGCUGUCUUUUCUCUUUCUCUCUCCUCCUGUGAUUGUGUGGUGUAGAGAUGCUGAUCCAUUUCACGACGGAGCAUACUAUCCCUUCACCAGUGACACCCAGGGGACUCAUUCAUCAGCAGGGAUCCCAUCCCUUCUGAAUUCCCCGCUCAGCCAGCACUCUGUACCCGGCAUGACUCCAUCCAGCGGAGCCUCCACCAUCCUUCCUUUUAAGUUCCGCCCACGCAGGGAGAGUGUGGACUGGCGGCGAAUCAAUGCCGUGGACAUAGACCUGGUGGUGAGCCAGCUGGAUGUGGACGCUCUUCAGGAGCACAUUAGCGGUGUUACCUUCUGCAGUUUGGACGGGGAGCGAUGUCAGCGGUGCCAGAGCCCCGUGGACCCAGCGCUGAUCAAGCUCUUGCGGCUGGCCCAGCUCACAGUGGAGUGGCUCCUCCACUGCCAGGAGUUUCUCACCCUCAACCUGCGUGCGGCGGAGGAGAGGAUGGCGGCAGCCGGCAGGGAUCGAGAGCAGCUGCUGGCUCAGCAGAAGAAGCAGGAGGAGAAGGAAAAGACCCUGACCACCGAGCUCAAGCAGAGGAAGAAGGUUAUUCGCAACCAGCAGUCCCUAAUCGCCCCGCAAAUCAUCAGCGGACAUAAGUGUCCGCAUUGUGAUAAGUCCUUCCUCAAUUCCUCGUUUCUCCACAAUCACAUGCAGCGGCGCCACCCUGGCGAGUAUGAGAUGGAGUUGCGGUCAGACAGUGAGAAGAAAUCUCAAAAUGAAAGUCUCAAAUUUGAGAUUAGCAGUCUGAAGGAGCAGAUUGUUCAGCAGCAACAGGACUUGCAAGCCAAAACAGCUCAGGAAAAAGAGCAGCAGUCUAUGCACAAAGAGCUGCUGAGAGAAUUGGAGCGUUUUAAGGCUGAGGAGCUGGCGCGCAUGGACAGAAAGAUAGAAGACAGCCGGGAUGGCAUGCGCAGGGAGAUGGAAUUCCUUUACACCCGAAAUAUUCAGGCUCUCAAUGAAGUAAAUCAGAAUCAGACAGCCAAGCAUGAAAAACAAGCCAGCCCUAUUCACUCGCAGCCAGAGAGAGAUCUGGACAACUACAAAGAGAUGCAGAUACAAGCCAUGCAAAAGCUGGAACAGCAAUUGAAGAAACAGGAUAAAAAGUGGGGAUCCAAGCUGCAGGAAAUUAUGGCCCAACAUGAGUCUGAAAAAAACCAGUUGCUGAACGAUCUGAGCAGAAUGCAGUCGUCUGUGUCCGAGCACAAGGAGAGCUACCAGAGGCUGCAGCAGGAUCUGGGGAGGAGGCUGCAGGAGAGGGAGCAAACCAUCAAGGCUCAGAGGGAUCAGAUCAGGAAUAUUUCCUCAAAUCCACCCAUCAAAAUAGUGGAAGUACCAGUCAUCGCCACUGCACCAGCUCCGGACCCUAAACCAAAGAGAGUUGUACUGGACUCGAGCAGCUUCUCUGAGAGGAGGCCAGUGGAGAAGAAGCCGGAGCCUGUACCAGAGAAGAAACAGAGGGUGACCACCAGCGUUCUUAAAAGAAACCCCAACAUCAAGAAAGAGAUGCGGCCCGAUCUGGAGCAGGCCGUUAUUGAGAAGCUGGAGAACCUCGGAGUCAAGCCUGAUCAGAGUGGUCUGAAGGACAAAGAGCUCAGUUCCAUCCUGGCCAAGGUGCAUUCAAAGCGGGAGAGCAUUGCAAAGGGGAUGCCUCACUACUGGCGCCACCGUGAGGAGAUCGCCAGCACAGUGGAGCAGAAGCUGGGCGGUCCAAGGAGAGGCAGCGACCCUGCUCCUGAGUCACAGACCAAAUCCAGACAAUCAGUUCAAGUGUUGCAGAUCCGGCCUCGAUCCAGCAGCCUGCCCUCCAGAGCGCCCCAGGUGAUCUCUGGACCUGCAGUCAAACAGCCAAAGACCCCCCAGCCGGCGCCAAGGACCAAGACCACCACCCAACCCAAAACAUCUACACCCAACACCAAGACCGCCCUGAGGAACUUCACAUCCAAGACCCCUCCUUUCAGUUCAGAUGAGGAAUCUGAGGAGGACACAGAUAUGGAGGAGGAACAGCCCCCAAAACAGCAGAGGGGAAAAUCACCACAGCCCAGACUAAACCAGGUCCAAAUCAGAGCCAGCAAAGCCAGUCCAGUCCAGGCCAGUCAGGCUCCAGCCAGGCACUCAUUCUCCGCCAACCCCCAGCAGGCCAGGGGGUCGGUGGGUGGUGUGACCAAGACCACAGUCACAAAGGUAGAGAGCGAUGAGGAGGAAGAGUGGUCCGAGGUCAGCGAGCUGCAGGAGAUUAACCCAAAACGUCUCCAGAGUUUCAAAGACCAGAACGGCAACGUGGAUAAGAGAAACGUCGGCAAAGAGAACAAAAUCAAUGACCUGGCCAGAAAAAUGGAGAAGCAGUUUGCAGAAAGGUCGCUAAAGAAACCAGCAGGGGGCGUCAGCAUCUUACCAGAGAGGAAGGAUGAGGUUCAGGAACUCACGUACACAGAUCUAGAGGAGAGCAGUGAGUGGCUGGGAUCCUCCUUAGAGGACAGACUGGAAAUGUCUAAACCUGCUCAGGGCUUUGCACCAACGAGGAAGAGCCUGGACUCACCCAGCACCAGUGUCUGGGGAACCUCCACAGGAAAGGCUCCCAAAUCAGGUCUGACUGAAGCUGGAACAGGAAGCACCCUGAAGAGCAGCCUGUGCUCCCUCAGUGACAUCAGUGACUCCGAGGACAUUAGCAAUAAAUACAAUAAACACUACAGCUGAUCAGGUGACGUAGCUCUACGCCAAGCAGACACAAAGACCUCAGUCAACUCCUCUGACACCUACAUGCCAAAUAGCCAUAUAUGAUACUGUUAUUCUAUGGAAGCUAUAAUAGAGAGAGAGCAAUACUUAAAGGGACUUUGUAUUCAGACAUUUGUAUAGAAAAGAGCAUCUAAUACACAUAUUAGAGAUAAAUAAGAGAUAUGAUAAGAGAUAAAUACAGCUUUGACAUUUCCACUCUCACCUUACGCCUCGUGCCAGUUCUUUGCUUGCCUUAGACCUUUUCAGUCUUCCACUUUUAAUCCCACUUUUUAUUUUCCCCGUGUGGCAUAUUCACUGAGAUAUAACCAACACUCCAGAUGAGAUGCUGUAUGUAGUGUAUGUAACAUUUUGUACAUCAAAUUUUAUAAUUCCUUCAUGUGUCAAAUGUGAAUGAUGAAAUGUGAUUUUUGUAUAGAAAAUAUUUAAACAAGCAAUAAAAGAUUUCUUUGAAA